UAACCGCAACAUGAAAUCAGUCUGUAUUAUCCGUGUUAGAUAAUGACAGUGUUGAUUGUUAUUAGGUAACAGUAACUCACACUAAUUAAGUAUUACCAGUUAGGCGUGAAAAACAAACAACGAAGUCAUUGUAACCUGGCUUGCUAACCACGUUACCAAGCAGUCAGUUUGUAAACAACAUGGCUGCCAUAGUUUGUGUGUAACGGGAUGGUCCUACAUGCUGGCUGUUGGGAUUGAUUCAUUGAUCUGUUUACUCGUUAAUCCACUGACUUUAUUUGAUGGCAUAUUGUUCCGCAGAUUUACAUUUAUCACAUAAGGGCACAACUCCGAUGAAUCAAAUAGCAAUGCCGUCACAAUCCAACUACAGAGACAAAUCCCCAUCCAGGAUUCCCCGUUUUAGCAGAGACACGGCUGCUGUGGUGGACAGGGGACCUGACAGGGCAAAACGACCUUCACGACUGGAGCUGCUUCAGGUCGAGUAUCAAAAACAAAUCCUUAAACAGAAAGAAGAGAAAAUGUUGCUGAUGUAUGAAGACAAUCAAAGAAGAGCCCUUGAGAAAGUUAGUCGUCAGAACAGUAGUAGCAGCAACAGAUCAACACCAUCUGUGAGAGAUUUUUUUUACGAACGACGUAAAAUGGAAUCAAAGGGUUUCUUUUCACCUCCUAUUGACCAACACUACAAGCAGCUUAGGUCAGGGAUGUCUUUCCCUUCCAAUGGUGAGUGGAGUCGUAAAGGGAGUGCAAACAGCAGUGUUAGUUCAUAUUCCAAAGGAUCCAGUGCUGGACGUGACCGUUCUUGUUUACUACAACCGAUUAGCACGUCUCCAGGAAUAGCUGGAAGUCCGACAAAACCAAAACCAAAACCAGUCUCCUACGUUCGAUACGACAGCAAUGGAAGGAUUCUAAAUGGAGCGAAUGCUGGACACAGGUCUAGGAUCAGGCCACCAGAAAGCAGCAGCAGCAGCAGCGACAACAGUCCACCUCCAAACCUAGCCAGUCUUAAAAAUAAUAAGAAACUCACUGACUUUCAGAAAUGGAAGAUGGAACAGGACAUGGCUCGUGAGGAAAGACUGCGGAGGCAUCAGAAGAUAAACAGCGAUGCGGGAAGGUGGGACAGGGAGGAGGAUCAGGCGAAUGGGCAAGAGGAGGAGGAGGGGGAUGCGGAGGAAGAACCUGAGGAGGAACCGGUUAGAGAGGCUGAGGAAGAGGAAGCAGCGAGUGACAGCGAGGAGACCGUUGAUGUUGAUCGUGCAAUCGCUCGGAGGCAGGAGGAAAUCUUGGCUCAGAUUGAACAGCAAGAGAGAGAACUGGAACAGCUCAGGCAAGAACGUCUCCAAAAAGAAGACCGGGCCAGGAUAGCAGUUGAAAGAGAAGCUGAAAAAGAAGAAAAAAGAAAACAACGAAUCGAGCAAGAAAAAAAGCUACUAGCAAUGGAAAGAGAAAAGCAAAUGAAAAAAGACGAAGAAGAAGCACAUAAAAGACAAAUGAAAGAAGAAGAAGAAGAAAAAAGACAGAAAAGGGCACAAGACAAACGGCGAGCUCUGUCGCAUCAUCAAAAAGAGUGGAAAAGAGCAAAUCCUUCUCAUGAUCAGCAAGACGACAACACUAACCACUACACCCCCAGUUCAUCACCACCACCGGAGGAAAGAACACCGACACCAGACGAGCAGUACACAAGUUCAGGUGCUGGGCUUGACCUUUAUCUGCAGGCAGCAGAUGAAGAGGGAGCUCAGGGUGGGGCCGGAAGUCUGGUGCCGUGCAAAUUAUGUGGACGCAGAUUUGCGGCAGAUCGUGUCGCAAAGCAUCAGUCUGCGUGUCGUAACAUCAGUAAGAAGAGGAAGGUGUUUGAUCCCGUCAAGAUGAGAACGGCUGGGACCGAAAUGUCAAAAUAUGUCCAUAACUCGGAUAAACAGCAAACUCCUCAGAAAAAGAAUAAUUGGAAAGUGAAACAUGACAAUUUUAUUGAGUCCAUCCGAUACGCAAAGAAACUGACUCAGAUGGAAGCCAGCGGUGACACGAGAAACAUUGGCCCCGCUCCCAAGUUAGACACAUCUGACCUGGUGCCGUGUCCCCACUGUGGCCGCAAAUUCGCUGCAUCAACAGCAGAACAACACAUUCCAAAAUGUGUACUCCUUAAAACAAAACCAGUCAAACAAAGGAAAUAACUCAUUUAAUAGUACAGGCUAUUCCAGAAAUGGUUACUAUAGGGAUGGCAGGCAACAUUUAUUUAAUACUCAACACUUAAAACCAUUUGCUAACACAAAUUGUCUUUGAAAGUAAUACUCAUUAUACAUAUUAGAACUAUUGGGGCUUUUUUUUAAAAGUCAUCAGUAUGGAAUUGUAAUGUUAUAAUGUUUAAAUAAAAGAUUCAGCCAAGACCAUUCAUAAGUAAAAAACUAUUGCAUUAUUUUCCAUAAAUUGUUAUUAUUCUGGAAUAGCCCUAAAACAGUUACAAAUAUUACAUUAUUUAUUUACAAUUUAUACAUUAUUGUUGUUGAAAUGCAAGUCGCUAUGUCUGGAUUUUAAUAUCACUGAUUUUACUUAACACUGGGUUAUACUAUUGCUGUUACAUUGUGAUAAUUAGCAUUAAACAAUGAAACUUGUAGAACAUGCAUCCGUCCAUUUGAUCUUUCCUUUCUAUUAUAAUUCCUAUGGAAUAUAUAUUAUAUUGUAUUUUUUACACACCCAUUUUAGAGAACGCUAUGUGAAAUUUAUGACGUCACACAGCAAAAUCUAACAUAUGUUGGAGAUCAUUUUAACGGUGUGUUUGACUGCUCUAUGGUGAUGACCUAAAUGUCAAAGCCAAACUAUCCACUGAAAUGGACACUAUUGAAACUGAUUUCUACUUAUGAUUUGUAAACCAUGACGAGCACAGUAAAUAUGUUUUAGUUGAAAAUGUUUGUAAGAAUAUGUAAGAAAUAGAAUACUACACUUGUGUCCAAUUGAUACUAUUUAUUUUGCUACUAAUUUAAAAACACAUCCAACUUACAUUCAUGAACCAGUUUCAUUCGAAAAGACUUGCAAGGUAAAUUGUUUCAGUGGCCUCUUUUUGUUCUUAAAUCCAUCAACAGAAGUGUGUUGUUUAUAUCAAAUGACUUCAUCGGUUACACUAUAGAUAAUUGAUGCAUUUGUGGUGCAAUGUUUUUAAUCAUAAAUUUGAUACACAACACAAUAAACUGCUUUAUAAAUCAUAUUAAUAUUAUACACAAAAUGUAAAACUGCAGUUAUUGUAGUUUAACUUUUCUUUUCUUUUUACUUUGUCAUAAUAACAAAAUGUCACUAGAACUUUGAAGGUGGGUGGGUGUCUUUAAAUUUAAUAAACAGUAUUAAAAUUUCAGUAUUCAAGAGUAUUACAUAAGCAUAUAGCUGUUUCUACAUUUCGUGAAGUGUGAUGUACAUGUUUGUCUCAGAUAUGUACCGGUAUAUGGUAUUUUUUUGUGGGUACCUACUUUAGAACAGCCAUGUUUUUUAAUAUGGUGUCUUGCUUUUUAUAUCUCCUGCAGUUUCAUUUAGGCAGUGGUCUGUUUGGGUGGUGUAGGUAUAUUAUGCAGGCUGCAAAUUUAUAGCACAAUUCCAUGCUUCUGCAAAUUUCAGAUUUUAGGUUAGAAGCUUGAUUAUGAGAUGGAAUCCCAAAAUCUCUAUGAUAUAUUAAAUAAUAUUUACAAAUCUAGUGGUUUUCAACAGAAUCUAUAAUAUUCACUGUGUGUUAUAUCCUUUACUCACUGUGUGAUAUCACCAUGCUGUUCAUUUGUAAUGCAUGUUUCACAAACUUCCAAUAUAUACUGUGCAUGAACUAAAGUUUUGUCAGUGCAUACUGGUAAUCUCUAAUUAAAGUCUGAUACUCUAUGGGGGUUUUAUUUUAUUUUGAUCAAGUCACCAUGAUCAUUUUUAAUGAGACAUCACUUAGAGCUAGCUCAUACACACUCAUAUUUUUAAAACUGUUCUUUGAUCUCAUUAACAGCACCAGGCCUGGUGCUUAUAAAACUUAUAAAACUCGAGUCUGAGACACUAAUGUCAUGAUGACACCAUACAAAUUGUAUGCGUGUGAUGUCAUUAGAGAUUGAGUUUGGACUCUUAAAAGUUUUAUAAGCAUGGGUCCUGGACCCCGUUUUACGCAUCGAUCUUUACACUUAGAUCACUUUAACUGCAUAAUAUAGUUAUGUACAUAAGGUGAUCUUAGCGUUAAGAUCUCUUCGUAAAACAGGGCCCAGGUGAGUAGGAUUUAGCUGAUCGUGAAACAAGCAGCAUAUAAAGUAACCAAUCAGCAGGUUACAUGACGUUUGUAGGUCACAGUUUACUGGUUCUGAUGAAGCUGCUAUUGAUGACUGAUUCUGAAAAUUGGGGUCUCCACGAGUACUCCGGCACGGGCGAGUUAAACAAGACUUGAGUCUGUCCACAGAACUCUAGUACUUGUGCUAGGAAGAGCACUCUCACUUAAUUAUAUUUCUUACGUCAUUUUGCAACAUGCUUACUGACAGUUACUUUAUAGGGCUAUGAGACAUGGAGGGAAAACAAAAGUCGAAUGAGUGGAAUGCAAUGCAAUGGCAUUAUUUGGCAUCAUGUUCUGUAUUAGAAUUAAGAUGCAUAAUGCUAUUUUACUUUAUUCCUUAGUCUCAUUAUCAUCUAGAGGCCGGUCAAAUUUGACCCUUGAGUACAUGAGAAUAUGUAUGGCAAACGUUGAUGAUUCAUUAGUUGAGGCAUGGUGAACAAAAAUAUACCCAUGCCUUUACCACCACUGAAUAGCAGUUAUUGCACAUACAAAAUAUAAUAAUCAUAACUGAAGCAAUGCCUAAGGCCCUAUUAUUCACCAGUAUUUCUGUGCAUGCCUUUAUAACAGUUGUAUUUGUUGAAAAUUGUCUUGCUUUUUUUUGUCCCCCACCUCCUACGGUAAUAAUAAUUGUUAUUGAACAUGUGUCAUAUGUAUAAAAUAUUUAAAAGCUUCAAUUUCAUGUCUUUUGUGUGACUAGCUAGGGGAAGUAAUUUCCAUUUCACAAAUGAAAAUGUUUUCUCUUGGGACCUUAAAAUUUUAUAUGAAAUGGUAAGGUAUUUAAUAUUUAAUAUUUUAUUAUUCAGUAAUCAUGUAUUAAAUAAUGUGGCCCAGUGAAAUGAUUAUUCUUAUGAGGAACAGAAAUUGACAAUGUAUAUGUUCGAAUCUAAUGAUUGCUGUGACCCCAUGAACACAUUUAACUUGUACAUCACCAAUGAUUUUCCUUAACAUUUACUAUAUUAGUGUGUAAAUAAAUUUAUUAUUUUAAAAAUAUUAUAAACAUUGGAACAUUUAUGUAUGGAAUUAAUUGUUUCUAUGCACAUUAAUUGUGAACACUAUAUGAUGAAAUAACUUGAAUAUUAGCGUAAGUUGACCACCUAUCUUUUCAGCUAUGACCAGUUCAAAUAAAUACUUUCAUUGAAUGUUUUCAUUGAUUAAAGUUUGGAAAAAAUCACGUAUCUGAAAUACACACCUACUACAGUGAAACCUGUCUAAACUGGACCCUGAAUAAACCGGAAUCCUGUUAAAACCAGCCAACUUUCGUGGUUCCGAAUUUUCGAAAUUUUAAAAUGCAACCCUUGAAACACCAGAUCCUGUCUAAAUCAGAUAAAUAUUAGGUCCCCGUCUUGAUCUGAUUUAGACAGGUUUCACUAUAGUAACUUUUAAAAAAGUGUUUGUUUCUUUUACUCAAAUGAAGAUAAUACAGCACAUACCUGUGACAUGUUGGAGAGUGUGGGUGCUCACCAUUGAUUCAGUAUAGACCAUAUUGAAACAUGAUCAUUUGCCAUUGACCACCAAGCCAUAUAUACAUAUUGCAAGUAUGUGCUGGAUUAUCUUGAAAUCAGUUAAAGAAAGGGAUUCUUUGCCAGCUGGUUAGUAAUGGUUUUGUGGGACAUAUCUUGUCCUAGUGGGAUAAUUAAUAUACUACAUAACAAAAGAACUGUAAAUAUUCAUUUUGUUUUCUUUAAUUUAUUUACAAGUAUAUUCAGUUGAAUCCCAUCAGUGUUUGUGUCUAUUAAGUUACCCAUUUUUUGUGAGCAUUAAGCCAUUUUAUGCUCAUUGUGUCAGUAUUUACCAAAUUAAUUUUAGCAUGAAAAAACAUAUACAUGUAUAUUAAAAUAUUUGUUUUUGCUGUUCAGUAUAUAUACACCACUUUUGAUGCACAUUGUGGUUAUAUAUAGCAGGAUGUAAACUAUAUGGGUAUAUUUAUAAACACAUAUGUUGGUGAAAGACUGCUUAAACCUGUAUUAUGACUGUGCUAUAAUUGUAAAUAUAUAUGUCAUAACAUUGUUCUAAAGGAUUUCUGUGAAUUGUUAUUGUAUGCAUUAAUUGUUCUGAUUUGUUUUUUGUUUUUUGUUUGUGUCAAAUUACUGAGUCAUUAGUUUUAUUGUAGAUACAAUACCUGUGAUAAAAUCAGUAAACUUAGGAACCUGUGAUAAAAUCAGUAAACUUAGGAACCUGUGAUACACGUGAUAGACUAAGUUCGAUAUAUCAUUGAUAGUUCAGCCGUGAUUCAUGGUUAACAUUCGGUUUGAAAAAGGAUUUGCUGAACUUUACUUUAAGUUAAUUAUACGCCUUUAUAUAUCUACUCAAAAUCGGUUUUUGAAGUGAGAGAUUUUGCACAUGGAAUCAUUUCUUUGUAAACUGACCUUAUUUGAGCAAAGUUCAAUGUUUAAUUCUCUCACAGUGCAAUCACUGAUGAGAAAUCAGGACUUCAUUUGGCUAUGUUCCAUUUUCCUGUAUUUUCUUGUGAUUAUUAAAUAUAUAGUUUAGUAAUAAACUUGUUGAAAAUAGUUUACACAAAAACAAAUAUAAUAUAUAUAUACAUUGUGUGUGUGUGUG